AUGGGAUCCAAAAAGCCUCCUAAAGAAAACAUGACAGCCGAAACUCCAUCGCAAAGCAGUCCUAUCCUUACACCUCAUGAAGGAAGAGACGAUUCGACUCCAGCACAAAUCAUAGAAAACGGCAAAGACAGCCACAGCUCAAGCGGCAACAACAGCUUUAAUUGCAGCGACACAGACACAUCGAAACCCACUAUGGUUCCAGUAUCAGGUAGUCCUAGGGAUAUCAUCUGUGGACGUGGCCUUCAUAUCAUGAAUCACCAUGGAAACCACAAUCUUCACCUCCUCGUCGACAGGCAUCGCCAAAGCUAUCUGACAUCGACUCGGAGAGAAAAGGCUGCCAUCACUCAACAUCUCGUCCAACAGCUUAAGAGUACCGGGGCAAGGUUUCUUCGGCGAUUCAAUGACGACAGCGACGACAAAUGGGUGAUAGUCGAUGACAAGACCGCGUAUAAGAAGGUCAGCCACGCGUUGCGCCUGAGAAAGAGUGAUCACGGUCGAAACUUCUUGCAAUCUGUCGAUCACAGGCAACAGGUGGACAGCGAACACUCUCUGCCGUUGCAUUCGACGUCUCCAAGAGAGAUAAGAACCUCACAAGAUUUCGCCGCCAUGCCAAUUAUUCGUGCACAGAAUAUAAUCAGUCAUCCGGCGCUGUUACCUGCUUCGUCUUCACUUGCUGCGCAGUUGCCUCCUUUGGCACCAUCUGCAAAUCAGCUUCAAGUCAUGGCGACACAAUCAGCAUUGCCGCUAGCUGUCCUCAGAAGACAUUCUCAGCCAAUAUUGCAUCCGUCUGUCGCAAAUGGAUACAGCAAUAUGACGAUUGAUCCUCGGUUAUUCGCGGACGCCUUUGCAAUCACACUUGCCACAGUGACCCAGUUGCAACAUCAGCAACGAUCAUCGUUCCACACAAGCUCUGCUGAUUCACGGAGAUCCGAAGAAAGUUCGAGAGAAGAAAGAAAAUUUAAUCGCUGA